AGUUUAGUUUAACACUGGCUGCCCUGCACUACAGGAGAGAGAACGGGAGGGAGAGAGAGGGACAGCAAAGGGGUGAAACUGGCGUUGGCUCUGGACAUGCCAGUCCUACAGCAAUGACUCAGCCGUCACCCACUGGACUUACACUGGACUUACACUGGAUUUACACUGGACUUAUAAUGGAUUUACACUGGAUUUGAUCUUUGGUGCUUUCUUCUUACCUAAAUGUUGUCACUGGAUAAGAUGCACUCCCGAGCCAAGUCCAGGAGCUGUGACAACUACCUGAGCAUUAAGGACUCUGAGUCCCUGGACAGUUGUAUCCAGAGCACCCUGUCUGCACUGUACCCUCCAUUCAGUGCCACCGCAUCCACCGUCCUGUGGCAGCUGUUCAGCGUGGUGGAGAGACAGUACCGUGGGGACGGACUCCGAUGCCUCAUCGACUUCUUACUUCCUGCCAAGAGGAUCCUGCAGAGCAUCCAACAAGAGACUUGUGUGCGUUUCCACGGCCGGCUGUUCUAUCAUGAGGGUUGGCCCUUCUGCAUCAACGAGAAGGUGGUCUUACAGCUCGCCCCGCUCCAUAAGGUCCGUCUGAAGCAGGGAGACUUCUACCUACAGGUGGUUCCUCUGGGCCGCAAGGCUGCCAAGCUGGUCAUAAAAUGUCUGUCGGCCAGUGGCCAGGCCAUCGCAGAGAUCCCCAUCCCGGAGAGCAUGUACGGCAGCGUCUUCACCGCUGACUUCCUGCAGAAUGUGACGCGCGAGCGCAACCUCCAUCCGCUGCAGAACUGGUUGCUCACCACCGGCACCGUCGUGUUCCGGACGCCGUGGAAGAACGUGGUGAAUCCUCUGUUCGUCAGCAGCACGGCAGACACCAUCAUGCAGACGCGGGGCGACAGCACGAGCUUCCGUGGCCAGCUCAGCGCCUGCAGUACCAGUGGAUCCACAGGCACCCUGGACUCCCACCGCAGCUCCCACGAAUCACUACACUCCCAGGGGGCAGACUCUACCUUCUCAGAGCCUGCUAUCCUGAGCAGGCGGGUACAUGUAAUGGACCCCAGCAGCACUAGUUGCAGGUCCCAACAGGAUCCCAACCAGGGACUUCACCGGAUGGAGAACCACAACCAGAACCACAGCCAGAGAGCAGCUCCUGACUCUCACUCCUGCAGCCCACAGACAGACAGGCUGGCUGGGGAGGGUGGUGGUGGUCCGGGGGAGGGCCAGUGGGAGGGGGAGGAGGGCCAGGGUGGGACCAGAGAAAGGACCAGGACCCUGUCGUUCAGCACCGACCUCAGUAACCCCAACCCUCGCCGGCCCCGCCACGCCAGGGACUCUGUGUCCUUCGAGACCCGGAGACUGUUCCGGAAGUCCUACAUGGAGGCCCUGCAGAAUCCCAUGAACCUGGGCUCUAGCUCUGAGUCCAUCCUGGAGGAGGGACCAGAGCACAGUCCUGCAUGCCCAGGUCUCAGCCCACUCAGCCCCAGAGAAGAUGCCUCAUCUCCAACUUCGACCCCUGGUACCAGCCCCUCCACCCCCACCACCCAGAGAGAGCAGGGGCUCCGUGGGCUCAGGCUAGGGGGGACCAGGGCAUGGCUGGGUGGAGACCCCGACUCCCCAAGACUCUCUCCCAGCAUGCCUCUCCUGUACCUCCAGAGGGGUCUGAGGAACGCUGGGGCCCUGGAGACCCGGGCUGAGAGGCGCUCCAAGUCUCUGGAGAGGACUAACAAGGCAGCCCAGGUCAAAGGGCACCGGGCGCGCUCCUCCUCCGGGGGCUCGGCCAGCAGUGGGGUCUUCUCACCAAAGAAGCUGAUGAACGGAUAUGCCCUGCGCUUCGGACGGCUGGACCUGGAGGCUGCCUUCUCCAGCUCAGACAGGAGGAGCAGUGUUAGAGAGGAGACAGCGAUCCAUGAAGUUGGCACCAGCACUAACCCCAUGCGGCACAGACAGGAUGGAGCACAGUCACACCAUUACCCCCCCAAACCUUCGAAUGAAGUCCUCAUCCAGCUGGCCCCAGCCCCAGGGUCACCCCCUAACUGUCACCUCCCCAACCUGGUGUCAGAGGUCAACCCAGAACUACUGGCCUCUGGGGCCAUCAUCUUACCUGGUAACAGAGACCUCAGUGGGCGGGCGGUGCUGCAGGUGUGCACGCGGGGGAGGGUGUGGGCUGGGGAGAGCUGCACGGCCAAAGACCUCACCUGUCUCCUGGGUUACUACUAUUCAACGCUCAGGAGCGAGAGGCGUGACCUAGGCCUCACGGUGCUAGUGGACACCAGGAGACAGCAGCCCAGUCCUGCUCUGUUCUCGUCUCUGUCUGGACUGCAGGCUUUAUUACCAAAUGCACUUUCCUCCGUCCUGCUACUUGUGGACAAGGAGACAACUAUCAAGCCUGAAAGAGACAUUACUACUGUGCAGACGGAGCUCCUGACGUCCCUGAAGGCUCUGUUGAAGCACAUAGACUCCAGUCAGCUCACUAGAGACCUGGACGGAACAUUCCCCUACGACCACGAUCACUGGGUCGCCUUCAGACAGAAAAUUGAGCCGUUUGCCAGCAGUUGCAGCGUGGCUCUCUCCUCCCUCCAAUCUUCUAUCUCUACGUUGAGCAGCACCAGCAACCUGGACAGCACCAAGGAGGUAUCUGAGGUGCUGGAGCAGCAGAGGUCUCUGAUGAAGUGUGUGUUGGAGGACACCCGUCUGAACAGACUGAGGCUGGAGGGAGGAACAGUCCUGGCCCGGAUCAGGAAGGACGAGGCCUGUGAGAAUGACAACUACAGGGAUGCAGUGGACAUGGUGAAUGUCCUUUAUAACCAGGUGGAUGAGGAGGUCCAUAAACUGGUGAUCCUCUCCAACAAGUCCCUGAAACAGCUGGAGAGUCUGCUGGAGGUCCGCAGGUUUGAGGAACAGACAGAGCAGGUCAAAGUAUGGUUCAGUGUGGAAGGAGAGAAGCACCUCACUGCCCUGGACUCUCUUCCUCUCUCUCUGGCUGCGGUCAAAGACGUGAGGCAGAGUUUGGAACAGUUCUUUGAGGAGUCAGUACAGCAGCAGAAGCAGGGUUUACUGCUGGUCAGGCAGUCAGGGGAGUCUCUGCCCAGCUCGGCCUUGCUGGACUUCAAACAACACCUGGGAUCCAUCCUGGGCAGAGUGGAGAGGAGGAAGAACCAGCUAGACAUCCUCACCAACCUCUACGACUUCUACGCCUCGGCUAACCAGUGGAUGGAGCACUGCCAGGACUACCUCCGGCAGCUGAACCUGGAGAGCAGUGGUGUGAGCCUCCCUCCUGCAGUACUUGAGAUCCUCCAGGACUAUCAGAUGGAGGCCUCCACGUUCUCCCUGGACAACUUCAGCUCCCUCAAUGAUAUGGUCCUGUCCUUGGACAGCCCCCGGCAGACCCAUCAGUGGAACGUCCUGUGGACCAAGUGUCAACAGACCAAGAACCAGCUGGAGAAAACCCUGGCCCAGGCCACAGCAGCAGUUACUGCAGCCUCUGACUCUGCAGCUUCUGACUCUGCAGCUUCUCACUCUGCAGUCUCUAACUCUGCAGCUUCUGACUCUGCAGCUUCUGACUCUGCAGCCUCUAACUCUGCAGCCUCUAACUCUGCAGCUUCUGACUCUGCAGCCUCUAACUCUGCAGCUUCUGACUCUGCAGCCUCUAACUCUGCAGCCUCUAACUCUGCAGCCUCUGACUCUGCAGCUUCUGACUCUGCAGCCUCUGACUCUGCAGCCUCUAACUCUGCAGCCUCUGACUCUGCAGCCAGAAAUCUAACCAAAGACCCUUCAGAGACUGCAGACAGACAGGGGGACUGCAAUCACACAGAGCAGCACGGGGCUGUUGGAGGGGAUCGUGUUUUACCUGAGUUGCCCUCUCUAGGGUCAAGGAUCAUAGUGUCGUCGCUGGAAUUUGAGGAAGAAACCAAGCCUCACUCCACAGGGCACUUCUCCUCCAGCAACAACAAGAGCCCCUCUUCCUGCUCCUUCACCUCCUCCUCCCUAUUCCCCUUCCCCCCCGCCCCAGAGGGAGACCCCCUCCUCCUCAACCUGCGGCAGAGCCCCUCUCUGUUCGACGACACGGACAGCGACUGCACCAUCGACUCCAUGGGGGCCGUCUCCUGCCACUCGGAGCCUGUCUAUUCGUCCUCUGGGACGCCACUCCACCAGCACCGCCAGCACCGCAAACAGCCGCUCAAGAAGAUCAUGAAGAAGACGCUGGGCUAUGAGCUGCCGGCGGCGCAGGACGGCGGCCACGUUGACACCAGCCACCUGCAUGGCUACACGGGGGUGUACAUCAAGGGGCUGGAGGUGACCAACAACGUGUUGGUGGAGAAGAAGCUGCAGAGGCCUGAUGUGGUGAGCCCGGCGCUGGGACGCAGCCGCAGCAUGUCCUCCCCCACCAGACACCCAGAGGGAGAUGGAAAGAAGCAUAGCAGUAAAGUGCAGCACAUCAUGGCUGAGAUGAUCUCCACAGAGAGGGAGUAUGUGCGUUCCCUCAUCUACGUCAUCGAGCACUACUUCCCAGAGAUGGAGCGUCUGGACCUGCCUCAGGACCUCUGGGGGAAACGCAGCAUUAUCUUUGGCAACAUGGAGAAACUGUGUAACUUCCACUGCCAGUACUUCCUGAAAGAGCUGGAGGCCUCCGCCCACUCUCCCCUGUCCAUCAGCAGCUGCUUCCUCAGACACGAGGAUCAGUUUGGAAUGUACGCUCUCUACAGCAAGAACAAGCCUCAGUCUGACGCUCUACUCACCAGCCACGGGAAUGGAUUCUUUAAGAACAAGCAGUUGGAGCUGGGUGAUAAGAUGGACCUGGCGUCCUACCUGCUGAAGCCCAUCCAGAGGAUGUCUAAGUACGCCCUGCUGCUGAAGGACCUGAUCAAGGAGUGUGGUCAGUCCCAGGAACAGGAGCUCUCUGACCUCCGCACCGCAGAGGAGAUGGUUAAGUUCCAGCUGCGCCACGGCAACGACCUGCUGGCCAUGGACGCCAUCCGAGGAUGUGAUGUGAACCUGAAGGAACAGGGUCAGCUGAGGUGUCAGGAUGAGUUCAUCGUGUGGUGCGGCCGCAGGAAGUACCUCCGUCACGUCUUCCUGUUCGAGGACCUCAUCCUCUUCAGCAAAAGCAAAAAGAUUGAGGGAGGGUACGACCUGUACAUCUACAAGCAGUCCUACAAGACGGCAGAGAUAGGAAUGACAGAGAGCGUGGGCGACAGCGGGCUGCGUUUCGAGAUCUGGUUCCGGAGGAGGAAGUCCCAGGACACGUUCAUCCUGCAGGCCGGCUCUGGAGAGGUCAAGGCCGUGUGGACAGCCAUCAUCGGAAAGAUCCUCUGGAGGCAGGCGCUACGAAACAGGGAGGUGCGCUUGAAAGAGAUGGUUUCCAUGGGGAUUGGCAGCAAGCCUUUCAUGGACAUCAAGCCUAGUGAUGCUGCCAUUAGUGACCGAGCCAUUGAUUACAUCAUGAAGGGGUCAGAGUCCAGGACCAGGGCGUCCAUCGCGGUGUCCUCCUUCGACCACUCUACGCCCUUUAAGCGGCCUCACUCCACCAUCUCCAACAGUAGCACCUCCUCUUCCUCCUCCCAGUCCUCUUCCUCACUGCUGGGCUCCCUCAACCUGCACCUGUACCCCUCGCCUGCUCACCAGCACCCCCACGCCCACCAGCACCCCUACCCCCUGGGCAGCGUACCCUCCUUCAGCCACUGGCCCUACGACUGCAUUGAGGAGGACGAGCUGGAGCAGGACACGGGCAGCCAGCCUUCUAUGAUCACAGAGAGCUCGGGGGAGACAUCGUCCCAGUGUACCUCCAGUGACAGUGUGACGGGGCUGAGCAGCCUCUCCCUCCCCAUCCCAGGCCACGGCCGCCCCAACAUCAUCAUCAACGCCUUACCCAGCAACUCCACUUCCUCCUUCCUGUGUUCGUCCACGCCUCCCGGCUCCUCCCACCCUCAGAUGGCCCCUCCCCCAGCCCUGUUCCCUAAAGACCAAGUCCUCCAAGCCCAGGGCAGCACCUUCAUCACAGCACUGUGAUGCCACUGCACUGAGAACUGGUGUUACGGAGGAUCAGUAAGGACUUGAGUGAGGAAGCUAUCCUGUUAAGUAUGCUCAGUGACGCCUGGAACACUGGGCACUCUACUGUGUCUCUACUGGACUCUACUGUGUCUCUACUGGACUCUACUGGUAUCUACUGGACUCUACUGUGUCUCUACUGGAUUCUACUGUGUCUCUACUGGUCUCUAAUGUGUCUCUACUGGACUCUACUGUGUCUCUAUUGGACUCUACUGGUCUCUACUGGACUCUACUGUGUCUCUACUGGACUAUACUGGACUACUGGUCUCCACUCUGUCUCCACUGGACUCCACUGGACUCUACUGGUAUC